CCUGCAGGACUCUGGAUUUGUAUGACUGAAUUACAUUAUUGAGCACCAGCCCUGGAUGUUUAAAUAUUCACACACCUGAAAUAAUCUAAAAUGUUAUAGUUGGGCAGAUGUAGAACUUCAAAAAGGUCAAAAAGUCCUUUAAAAGUGCAUUAGGAUUAGAAGAAAACGUUGAAUUAAAACAACCCUAUUUUGCCAGAAAAGUAAUUUUAUAUUAUUUCUAGAUUAUUUCUGAAUUUAACCAGAUUUUUUUUCCACAAAAUAAAUUUAUUACAGUUCGGCAGGUUCACCUUUUUUGUGACAAUGUUCACCAAACCAAUGAAGUUAACGGUCUAGCAUUGUUAGUCAUUGCUUUGUGGCCAGCCUUGCAUUCUCAAUCCAUACAUAAAAAAUAGGGGUUUUGUGUUUCACAUAGAUGAAGCAAUGAUUCAGCAAGAAGGUCCACAAUUUAUGUUUUGGGGAAUUAGAGGCCACAUUUCAGACAGCACUCAAAUGCAUCAAACAUAAUCCCUUCUAAUCUGGGUUGAAACGUCACAACAUCAGAUGUUUUAUCUGUUGAUGCUACUUUUACUGUUUCAGUAUUACUAAAGCUCGGUUGUUAUUUUCCAAGGGAAGAUGACGAUAACAACUUGCCAGAAGGUCACUCUCAUAUCGUGUUCUGUUCUCUGCGUUUCCCUCUUCCUGCCCAGGAUGCUUUUACCAAAAGAGAAGAAGGAGAAGGGGGUGCUUGGGGUUGGACCUGGGCUCUACCGUCCCAUGAUGCAUCAGUUGUCUUCAUCAGAUGAUCCAGAGCAUUGGGACAUGAACCCCUCUCCUUUCCUGGCGCACACUUUAGAAGCCAUGGCAAAAGUAAAAAGUGGUGGAAGAGGCAAAAAAUACAAUCUGAUGGGUCAAGUAAUCCCUGUGUACGGCUUCGGCAUCCUGCUUUACAUCCUCUACAUUAUGUACAAGCUUACAUGCAACAAGAAGACAAAUCGAUCCGGAGGCUUCAUCACAAAUGCAAAUACGUCAAACAAGAAAAUAACAGAUUAUGAGCUAGCACGGCUUCAAGAGAGACUUCUGCAAACAGAGAGGAAGCUGGAUAGACUUGUCUCAGGGAAGAGCCAAUUUUCUUCAAGUAGCAGGAGGCGGCGAAGUAAAACCUCCAUCUCAAAGAAGGAGGAGAAGCUGCUACGUCAGCUUAGACAGAUCACACUGCUGAUGCAGGACGGCCGUCUGGAAGGAGCUUCUCCAGAGAUGGAGGCAGAGGAGAUGACCUAUGGCGCCGACUGGGAAGGCUACCCAGAGGAGACCUACCCUAAAACUGAGAAUCCAUGUCGCAGACAUAAAGUCAUCAUGACCACGAUUAACGAACCUCCCUGCCAGCAAACUGCAGAGGCUCUGGCAGAGCGGAUGGAGCAAGUGGAAGAAGAGAUUAUAGCAAGAAAACUUUCCACAGUGCAAGAGGAAGAUGAAGAAGAUGAGGACACAGAAGAAGAUGAAGGAACAGAUGAGGAGGAAGAGGAAGAAGUGGAACAUUUGGAGGAAGAAAUUGAGAAUGUAGAACAAGGAAUUGAUGAGGAUGUGGAGGAGGAGGAAGAGGAGGAGGAGCAGGCGGAAGCAGAAAAAAAGCACUUGCUCCCUUCCCCUAAGCACACGGGUGAAAUGAAACAGGAGAGAAUUGGUUUGGAAGUAAGCAAAGAGCUGCAGAGUUACCGUGAAGGAAAAAAGCAAAUAACCUUUAGUGACCAAAAACGAGUCUUCCACUACCCCAAACAGGACACUGAGGAGGAAGAGGAUGAAAAGGAAGAAUAUGUGGAGGAAGAGGAUGAGGAGACAGAGGUGGAAGACGAGGAUGAAGCUGAAGAUGAUGAUCCCCUGAUGGAAGCAGAGAGCCUGCUGUUCAGUUGUGCAGAAUAUUCAAACCCAGACGAAGAUGCAGAGGAGGACAUUGAAGAGUAUCUGUUGAGUACAGAGGAGGAUGAAGCUGAAAUCCAUGCGGAUAUGCCUAAGGAGGUCGGGGUGAGCGGACUAAGGAUGAGGAGCAGGAGAGAUACAUGAAGAUCCUUCAAUGUGUUUGAAUUUACCCUUCAAGCACACAUUCAACCUGACCGUGUCAACACUUAUCCCCUUUGUGUGUUUAUUAUUCAGCCAAAAAUGUGACCAGUUGCAGUCAAAACACAAGUCUCCUCUAAUAAUUAAUUUUAGAGCCUCUUUUUAUUGUGCUUUUUAUUUACAGUCUUUCUUGGUACAAGAUAGACUAAAAAAAAAUAAGAACCUGUGGAAGACGAGUGUUUAAACUUAGUUUCCCCUUGGCCCUUGCAUCUAUAUGACUGGGGCUUCACACCUUCAAAAGUUCAGGUACACAUCCUUAACUGUGUAAGAGAACUGGACUGAGCAAGAGUGACAUCACCCAUAGAAAAUUAGUUACUUCCAGUUCCAAUAAAAUGAAGUUAAUUCAGUCCCGAUACAUACAAUGCUAUGUUGGAACCAGAAACAGUCAGUAAGCAGUAAUUGGUCCACAGCGAUCUGUCAACAUUUCUAUGACAACCACUCUCAUCAAUCAGGAGUGAGCUUGUCGGAAGUCAACACCCCUAACAGUUGAAAGCCUGCUCCACGACAUCCGUCAGUCAAAUGUUUUGAAUGUUUGACGUGAGACCACGUACUUUUAUUGAGGCACCUGGUUGGCCAGUUUACAACUUGAGUAAUAUACAACUAGAUUAAAAAAAAAUAAAAAA